GCAGUGGGCGGGUCCCAUCCGUUUCCUGCUGUUCUGUCCCCAGGUUUGACUGACGCCCAACUCCCCUGCCUUGGCAGUGCUGGCUCUCGAAGGGACUGGCGUGUUGCCCUGCAGCCUCCCCUGGGUGCCACAGCUGGCGCUCCCACGCCAGCAAACCCCAGCGGGCGAGAGCCACCCUCUGCAGACUGGCAGCCUGAAAUUGGAAAUAGCUUCUCUGUUUCCCGUCCUGGCGGCUAUGCGUUGUUGUUGCUAGUAUGAGUGGCAGCAGGGAGAAUCUCCCCAAGCAGCUCCCUGUUCUGUUGCCCAAAGUGCUUGCAACCUGAGCUUAAAAGUGAACGUACAAAUGGGUGAAACAUACGCGCGGGGAAGAAAGUGUCCUCGGUUGACCUGAGUCUGCACACAGAGAGCGCUAGUGGCACUGUUGCUUCUAGGGAAAGCCGUGGACUGACUCUUGUAUUUAGGUUCCUGUGGCAGCAAUGAAGGAACAUGAAUGUCAGUUUCAAUUACAGCUUGAGGAAACGGUGGGUGGUAGACAUGAGUACUGGAGGUGUCCUCAGAGGAUCUACAAAAAAAGUUGGGGAGCUCCCCACCCCUUCCUCAGAAGAGUCUGAAGGAGGGGAGGAAUGGCAAAGCCCCUUCCAACAGUUGUCAAAAGCUUAUGGCAGAUGGGAGAAAAAUUAUCCUUUUCCAGGUACAGCUAGAAGCUGAAGUAAAUAAUGCAUGAAUGAUUGAGUAUUGCAAGGCUUUCUUAACUCAAUGACGUCUGUGCCAAUGAUACCAGAAUCUUACAGCCAUGUAUUGGCAGAACUUGAGUGUUUGGAUCCAUUGCUUUCUGCACUCAGGUUGGAUUCUAGUCGUUUGAAGUGCACAUGUAUAGCUGUGUCUCGGAAAUGGCUGGCUCUAGGCAGUUCAGGAGGGGGAUUAAACCUGAUUCAAAAAGAAGGCUGGAAACAGAGGCUGUUCCUCACUCAUAAGGAAGGUGCCAUUUCCCGGGUUGCCUGUUGUUUACAUGAUGAAGAUUAUGUUGCUGUUGCCACCAGUCAAGGCCUUGUAGUGGUCUGGCAACUCAAUCAGGAGCGUCGUGGAAAGCCAGAGCGGAUUUAUGUUUCCACUGAACACAAAGGCAAAAAAGUCACAUCUCUUUGUUGGGAUACAGCCGCACUUCGAGUUUUUGUAGGAGAUCAUGUGGGAAAAGUGUCUGCUAUCAAGAUUAAUACAUCCAAACAAGGAAAGGCAGCGGCUGCUUUUGUGAUGUUUCCAGUUCAGAUUAUAACCACUGUUGACUCCCGUGUAGUUCAGCUUGAUUAUUUGGAUGGAAGACUGCUUAUUUCUUCACUUACUCGCUCCUACUUGUGUGAUACUGAGAGAGAAAAAUUCUGGAAAAUUGGUAACAAAGAAAGAGAUGGAGAAUACGGUGCCUGUUUUUUCCCAGCUGGAAAGAAUGGUGGGAGCCAGCAGCCAUUAAUAUAUUGUGCACGUCCUGGGUCAAGGAUGUGGGAAGUGAACUUUGAAGGGGAGGUGCUAAGUACUCAUCAAUUCAAACAGCUGCUCUCGUCACCUCCUCUCCCGGUUAUUACUCUAAGGUUGGAUCCUCAGUAUAAUACUUCCGCCUGCUCCCUCCAGUCUUUGUCUUUCCCAAAACUGUUAUAUCUGACCGAGCAUUGUGUUAUGACGUGGACAGAAAGAGGCAUUUAUGUCUUCAUUCCUCAGAAUGUUCAAGUUUUACUUUGGAGUGAAGUAAAAGAUAUCCAGGAUAUAGCAGUGUACAGAAAUGAGUUGUUCUGUCUGCAUACGAAUGGAAAAGUCUCGCACUUCUCUCUUCUGCUAGUGGAGCGUUGUGUAGAACGUCUGCUAAGAAGAGGUUUCUGGAGCCUUGCGGCCAGAGUCUGCUGUCUCUUCCAGAACUCUAUUAUUUCCUGCAGAGCAAGAAAAUUUUUACCUCUAGACAAACUAGAGCACUUGAAAUCGCAGCUGGAGCUCUCAACCCAAAGUGAUGUCAUUAGCCAACUGGAAGAAUUGAUAUCAAAGCUGGAACCUUUAGAUUCUGCAUGCAGCAGUAGAAGGAGCAGUAUUUCAUCACAUGAAAGUUUCAGUGUCUUAGACUCUGGAAUUUAUCGUGUUAUUAGUCGAAGAGGCAGUCAGUCAGAUGAAGACUCUUGUUCCUUAAACGGCCAAACAUUGUCCGAAGAUGAGAGACUUAAAGAGUUUACUACACACCAGGAAGAAGAGCAGGUGGAGCUUGACAACGUAUCUCAUGCUUCUGUGGUGGUUGAGACUGAUCGGAAUGAGACUUUUCUCCCAUUCAGUAUUCCAUUGUCAUUUCGUUCACCAUCUCCUCUGGUCUCCCUCCAAGCUGUCAAGGAAAGUGUUUCCAGCUUCGUACGAAAAACUACUGAAAAGAUUGGCACCCUUCAUAUGAGUCCUGAUGUCAGAGUGAGGCAGGAAAUGAAAGAUGAUGAUGAGUCUCAUGAAGUGACUGCUAGUAUAGCCGCAUACUCCCAGGAAGAAGAUGAAAACAAUUUGGAACUACAGAGCCAGCCUCAAGAAGAGGACCGGCUAAGAGAUCUCAAGAUAGCAACGACAGAAGCUAUAAACAAACUGCAAGAUCCACUGGUUUUGUUAGAACCACGAUGCUUGAGAGAAGUUUUGCAGGAGUGGUUUUUGUAUCUGGAAGAAACAUUUGGUUUCAAAGAACCUUCCUUUUCAGAUGACUGCUUAUCCAUUAAGGAAGAUAAGAAUGUGCUUGCUGAAGAACUGAGUGAGGUUUUAGAAGAAAAUAUUGAACCAGAUAAACACAGUGAAGAUCAUGUAGGUAAAGGACAGACAGAUGCCUUGGAAGGAAAUACUGGACAGGAUCAAACUAGCGAAGCUCAUUUUGGCAGAGAAGUAUGUGAAAACGAUGCCAGUUCAAAGGGAGCCUCAGACCAUGUUUUUCAAGUGUAUCCUCCAUAUCUCAUAGCACGCGAUAUUCAAAAGGACCUAGUAGAGUUGACAACAUUAUGUUUUGAAUUAAAUGUGUUUCCUUGCAAGAAUGGGAAUGCGAAAGAAAAUGCUGAACAGGAUUUACAGCUAACAGUGUCAUGGGUCUUGGCUUGUCAGUUCAUAAAGGACUAUUUCUUUCUCCUGGAUUUAAAAAGACUGAAGCGAUGUAUUACAAUCAAUUACGCUAGCAGUACCAGUGUUUGGGAAACUUACAUUGAAGGACUGAAAGAACUGACUCACGCUAGUCCAGUGACUUUGGCAAUGGAAAAUGGAGAUAUGUUGAAAAUAUUAAAACUGUUAAAUGACUUGGGGCCCUGGGAUAGUCCUCUGUUGUUGGCACAUGCUCAAAGGCUCUAUGAAAAGUUUGGGGAAACAGCUGUAAGGCCCUUGAUCAAGUUCUACCCAUCAAUCUUGCCCUCUGACAUCAUGCAGCUUUGUAGACAUCACCCUGCCCACUUUUUAGCAUAUUUAGAUAGCCUUGUUAAAUCAAAGCCAGAAGAUGAAAGGUCAUUCCUGCUUCAAUCUCUUCUUAAUCCUGAAGCAUUGCGACUGGAUUGGCUUUGUCUGGCAGUUUCUCAUGAUGCACCACAAAGAACAAAUACAGUGGAUUCUGAAGGAAACCCUAGACCACGUUCGCAUUUGUUUACCUGGGGCUAUAGCCAACUGAUAUUGCUUCUGAUUAAACUCCCAGCUGAUUUUGUAACAAAAGAGAAGAUGGCUGACAUCUGCAAGUCAUAUGGGUAAGUUGGAAACGUUAUA